CGCGUGUUUGCUCGAGCUCAGGGUGGAGUUUAACACACCGCUUCAAAGCAACGGGGCAGAAAUCACAUCUGACGUUACAUACCAGCGUUAACACGACAGGAACUUUCUGCUGGGGGACUAAUAGUGUUAAUAUAUCGAAAAGUGUCCGAAGGUGGACAACUGUAGAACGAAGAAAUCUGAGGAGUAGCAGCGGCACAGUCACAUAGUGUCAGUCAUGGUGGCGCUGUCGCUGAAGAUCGGGGUGGGGAAUGUGGUGAAGACGAUGCAGUUUGAGCCCUCCACGAUGGUGUAUGACGCCUGUCGCAUCAUCAGGGAGAGAGUACCAGAGGCACAGCUCGGCCAGCCCAAUGACUACGGUCUGUUCCUGUCAGAUGAGGACCCGAAGAAAGGCAUUUGGCUGGAGGCUGGCAAAGCCCUGGAUUACUACAUGCUUAGAAACGGGGAUACUCUGGAGUAUAAGAAGAAACAAAGACCGCUGAAGAUCCGGAUGUUGGACGGCACUGUUAAAACCGUAAUGGUCGAUGACUCCAAAAUCGUCAGUGAUAUGCUAAUGACCAUCUGCGCCAGGAUAGGCAUCACAAAUUAUGAUGAGUACUCGCUGGUGCGUGACGUGGGUGAGGAGAAGAAGGAAGAGACCACAGGAACCCUGAAGAGAGACAAGACGCUCAUGAGGGACGACAAAAAAAUGGAGAAACUCAAACAGAAGCUUCAUACAGAUGAUGAGCUGAAUUGGUUGGAUCACGGGCGGACUCUGCGAGAGCAGGGCGUGGAGGAGUUUGAGAUGCUUCUUCUCAGGAGAAAGUUCUUCUACUCCGACCAGAACGUGGAUUCUAGAGAUCCUGUUCAGCUCAAUCUGCUUUAUGUGCAGGCCCGUGAUGACAUUCUGAACGGCUCUCACCCCGUUUCCUUUGAUAAAGCCUGUGAGUUUGCUGGAUACCAGUGUCAGAUCCAGUUUGGAGACCACAACGAGACCAAACACAAACCAGGAUUUUUAGAUUUAAAAGAGUUUCUGCCUAAGGAGUACAUCAAGAACAAGGGCGAGAGGAAAAUCUUCCAGGCACAUAAAAACUGCCAAAACAUGACUGAGAUCGAGGCUAAAGUCAGCUACGUCAAACUCGCCAGGUCUUUAAAGACUUACGGAGUGUCCUUCUUCUUAGUCAAGGAAAAAAUGAAAGGCAAAAACAAGCUUGUGCCGCGUUUGUUGGGCAUCACUAAAGAGAGUACGAUGAGAGUGGAUGAGAAAACCAAAGAGGUGAUUCAGGAAUGGAGUCUGACCAACAUCAAGCGCUGGGCGGCCUCCCCUAAGAGCUUCACUCUGGACUUUGGAGACUAUCAGGAUGGUUAUUAUUCAGUUCAGACUACUGAAGGAGAACAGAUCGCACAACUUAUUGCCGGCUACAUUGACAUUAUUCUCAAAAAGAAAAAAAGCAAAGAUCACUUCGGCCUGGAGGGGGAUGAGGAAUCCACCAUGUUGGAAGACUCUGUCUCUCCCAAAAAAUCAACCGUACUCCAGCAGCAGUUUAAUAAAGUUGGGAAGGUGGAAACAGGCUCCGUGGCUCUACCAGCCAUCAUCCGCUCGGGUGCAGGAGGUCCAGAGAGCUUUCACAUGGGCUCUAUGCCUCAGGCCAAACAACAUGUCACCAGCGGCCAGAUGCACAGAGGACACAUGCCCCCUCUGACGUCAGCUCAGCAGGCUUUAACUGGCACCAUUAACUCCAGUAUGCAGGCCGUACGGGCGGUCCAGGCUUCCCUCGAUGAGUUAGACUCGCUUCCCCCUCUGGGCACUGAUGCUGCAUCUCAAGCUUGGAGGAAGAACAAAAUGGAUGAGUCUAAACAUGAAAUCCACUCUCAGGUGGACGCCAUCACUGCAGGAACGGCCUCUAUGGUCAACUUGACUGCAGGUGACCCCGCGGAGACUGAUUACACGGCUGUGGGCUGUGCCGUCACCACCAUCUCCUCCAACCUGACGGAGAUGUCUAAGGGUGUCAGACUUCUGGCGGCGCUGAUGGAGGACGAGGGAGGAAACGGACAACAGCUGCUGGGAGCUGCUAAGAACCUAGCGUGUGCUGUGUCCGAUAUGCUUAAGACCGCUCAGCCCACAAAUACUGAGCCACGUCAGAACCUCCUGCAGGCGGCAGGAAAUGUGGGUCAGGCCAGCGGUGAACUCCUGCAGCAUAUUGGAGAGUCCGAUGCUGAUCAGCACUUCCAGGAUAUGUUGAUGCAGUUGGCGAAGGCCGUGGCGAAUGCGGCCGCCGCUCUGGUGUUAAAGGCUAAGAACGUUGCUCAGAAAACUGAAGACUCAACCCAACAGAACCGAGUGAUCGCUGCUGCCACCCAGUGUGCCCUCUCAACAUCACAGCUAGUGGCCUGCACACGGGUGGUGGCGCCCACCAUCAACUCACCUGUCUGUCAGGAACAGCUCAUCGAGGCUGGAAAGCUGGUGGCGAAGUCCGUGGAGGGCUGCGUUGAGGCGUCACAGGGGGCGACCAAUGACGAGCAGCUGCUCAGACAGGUGGGCGUGGCCGCCACUGGUGUUACCCAUGCUCUCAAUGAGCUCCUGCAGCACAUCAGACAGUACGCCAGCGGAGGACAGCCAAUCGGACGGCACGGUGAGGCUACCGACCGCAUCCUGGAUGUGACGGAUAACAUCUUCAGCUCAAUGGGAGAUGCAGGUGAGAUGGUGCGUCAGGCACGGAUACUUGCUCAAGCCACCUCUGAUUUGGUUAACGCCAUCAAGGCGGAUGCGGAGGGCGAGUCCGACCUCGAGAACUCGCGCAAACUCCUCUCUGCAGCCAAACUGCUCGCCGACGCCACCGCCAAAAUGGUGGAGGCUGCCAAGGGCGCCGCUGCGAACCCAGACAGUGAGGAACAGCAGCAGAAACUGCGUGAGGCUGCAGAGGGUCUGCGCAUGGCCACCAAUGCAGCCGCGCAGAACGCCAUUAAAAAGAGACUGGUCAACAAACUGGAGAAUGCUGCGAAACAAGCUGCCGCGGCCGCCACUCAGACUAUAGCCGCAGCCCAGAAUGCCGCUUCCUCCAAUAAGAACCCUGCAGCCCAGCAACAGCUCGUACAGAGCUGCAAGGCGGUGGCGGAUCAGAUCCCUCAGCUUGUUCAGGGUGUGAGAGGCAGUCAGGCUCAGCCCGACAGCCCCAGCGCUCAGCUCGCUCUGAUCGGAGCCAGUCAGAACUUCCUCCAGCCCGGAGCCAAGAUGGUGACCGCAACCAAAGCCACAGUUCCCACCAUCAGCGACCAGGCGUCUGCCAUGCAGCUCAGUCAGUGUGCCAAAAACCUGGCCAGUGCUCUGGCUGAACUCCGCACCGCUGCCCAGAAGGCUCAGGACACGUGCGGUCCUCUGGAGAUUGAUAAUGCUCUGACAGUGGUCCGCGGGCUGGAGAAAGACAUGCAGGAGGCUAAAGCUUCAGCCGCCCAGGGCAAACUCAAGCCUCUUCCCGGAGAAACCUUGGAGAAAUGCUCGCAGGAUUUGGGCUCCUGCACUAAAGCUGUAAGCUCGGCUAUCGCUCAGCUGAUCAGCGAAGCUACACAAGGCAAUGAGAACUACACAGGCAUGGCUGCUCGUGACGUGGCUCAAGCGCUGCGUUCCCUGGCGUCCGCUGCCCGCGGAGUCGCCGCCAAUACAGAAGACCCUCAAGCUCGUAACGCCAUACUGGACUGCGCCGGAGAUGUCAUGGACAAGUCUGCCAGCCUCAUCGAGGAGACCAAGAGAGCCGUCGCCAAGCCGGGAGACCCAGACAGUCAGCAGAGACUGGCCCAGGUCGCCAAAGCUGUGUCUCAGGCUCUGAACCGUUCUGUCAACUGUCUGCCCGGUCAGAGAGACGUGGAUAACGCCAUCAGAACUGUAGGAGAAGCCAGCAAGAAACUACUAUCUGAUAAAUUUCUGGCGAGUGGGAAGAACUUCCAGGAAGCUCAGGCCAAUCUGAACGAGGCGGCAGCCGGACUGAACCAGUCAGCCAAUGAGGUUGUGCAGGCAUCGCGCGGCACCACCCAGGACCUGGCCAAAGCCUCCGGAAAGUUCGGUCAGGACUUCAAUCACUUCCUGCAGGCUGGAACGGACAUGGCUGGACAGUCCCAGUCUAAAGAGGACCAGAGUCAAGUGGUCACCAACCUCAAGACCAUCUCCAUGUCCUCCAGUAAACUCCUGCUGGCUGCUAAAGCUCUGUCCACCGACCCCAACUCACCCAACAUGAAAAACCAGCUCGCUGCUGCUGCUCGCGCGGUGACAGACAGCAUUAAUCAGCUGAUCAGCAUGUGUACCCAGCAGGCACCGGGACAGAAGGAGUGUGACAACGCUCUGCGCGAGCUCGAGACGGUUGGAGGAAUGCUUGAGAACCCAACAGAAGCAGUCAAUGAUCUGGGGUACUUUGACUGUAUUGACAGCGUUAUGGAGAACUCAAAGAUUUUGGGUGAAGCCAUGGCUGGGAUUUCCCAUAAUGCCAAGAAUAGUAACUUACCAGAGUUUGGAGACUCCGUCAGUUCAGCAUCUAAAGCGUUAUGUGGCCUCACUGAGGCGGCCGCUCAGGGGGCGUAUCUGGUGGCUGUUUCUGACCCGAACAGUCACGCUGGGCAGAAGGGUCUUGUGGACCCUUCUCAGUUCGCCAGAGCCAAACAGUCCAUCCAGAUGGCCUGUCAGAACCUCGUGGAUCCAGCGUGCACUCAGUCCCAGGUCCUCUCUGCCGCCACGAUUGUUGCCAAACACACUUCGGCUCUGUGCAAUGCCUGCAGACUGGCCUCCUCCAAAACAUCAAACCCUGUUGCUAAGAGACAGUUCGUCCAGAGUGCCAAAGAGGUGGCAAACAGCACCGCCAACCUCGUCAAGUCCAUCAAAGCGCUCGAUGGAGCAUUUAACCAGGAGAACAGACUGAAGUGUAAGGAAGCCACUGGGCCGCUCAUCGAGGCCGUGGAUAACCUAACCGCCUUCGCUUCCAACCCGGAGUUUGCCAGCGUGCCUGCUCAAAUCAGCCCAGAUGGUCUGGCAGCGAUGGAGCCCAUCGUUGCAGCUGCUAAGACCAUGCUGGAGAGUUCUACAGGUUUGAUCCAGACGGCCCGCUCGCUAGCAGUCAACCCCAAAGAUCCGCCCAAAUGGUCUGUGCUAGCCGGACACUCCAGAACGGUGUCCGACUCCAUAAAGAAACUUAUCACCAACAUGAGGGAAAAGGCUCCAGGACAGAGGGAGUGUGACGACGCCAUCGAGGUUCUUAAUAACUGCAUGCGUGAGGUGGACAAGGCCUCGCUUGCAGCCAUCAGCCAACAGCUCACGCCUAGAGAUGACAUCUCGCAUGAGGCUCUGCAUGAGCAGAUGGCGGCAUCCGUGCAUGAGAUCAGUAACCUGAUUGAACCGGUAGCCAUUGCAGCCCACGCAGACGCCUCUCAGCUGGGUCAUAAGGUGUCUCAGAUGGUCAGCUACUUCGAGCCAUUGAUCAUUGCUGCCAUCGGUACAGCGUCUAAGAUUGUGAACAGCCAGCAGCAGAUGAACGUCCUGGAUCAGACGAAGACCUUGGCUGAGUCCGCCCUACAGAUGCUCUAUACCGCCAAAGAGGCCGGAGGAAACCCCAAGGCGGCCCACACACAGGAGGCUCUGGAGGAGUCUGUUCAGAUGAUGAAGGAGGCUGUGGAUGAUCUGGCCGCGACUCUGGCGGAGGAGGCCAGCGCUGCAGGAGCCGUGGGUGGCAUGGUCAACUCCAUCACUCAAGCCAUUAACAAAAUGGAAGACGGUCCGGCUUUCGAACCUGAAGGGACGUUUGUGGAUUAUCAGACCACUAUGGUCAAGACGGCCAAAGCCAUCGCUGUCACUGUUCAGGAAAUGGUGACCAAAUCCAACAACAACCCUGAUGAGCUGGGCGGUCUGGCCAAUCAGCUGACCACAGAGUUUGGUGACCUGGCGUCAGAGGCCAGAUGUGCUGCCAUGACUGCAGAGAGUGAUGAGAUCGGCUCUCACAUCAGGAAGCAGGUAACAGAGUUGGGCUACAGCUGUACUGGUCUGGUGAGUAAAGCUGGUGCUCUGCAGUGCAGUCCCAACGACUCCUACACCAAGAAAGAGCUCAUCGACAGCGCACGCAAAGUCUCUGAGAAGGUGUCUCACGUGUUGGCCGCUCUUCAGGCGGGUAAUCGCGGUACUCAGGCCUGCAUCACUGCUGCCAGCGCCGUGUCAGGCAUCAUCGCCGAUCUGGACACCACCAUCAUGUUCGCCACGGCAGGAACUCUCAACCGAGAGAACGCCGAGACGUUUGCAGACCACAGGGAGCACAUCUUGAAGACGGCUAAAGUUCUGGUGGAGGACACAAAGCUUUUAGUGUCUGGAGCGGGAGCGAGUCAAGAGAAGCUGGCUCAAGCGGCUCAGUCCUCUGUCAACACCAUCACUAAACUGGCUGAUGUGGUCAAACUGGGAGCAGCAAGUCUGGGUUCUGAAGACCCUGAGACGCAGGUGGUUCUGAUCAACGCUGUGAAGGAUGUGGCGAAGGCUCUGGGUGAUCUGAUCAGUGCCACUAAAGCAGCCGCUGGUAAACCUCACGAUGAUCCAGCCAUGUUACAACUCAAGAACUCUGCUAAGGUGAUGGUGACAAACGUGACGUCCCUGCUGAAGACGGUGAAGGCUGUGGAGGACGAGGCUACUAAGGGAACGCGAGCUCUGGAGGCCACCAUAGAGCACAUCAAACAGGAACUGACUGUGUUCAGCAGUCCCGAUCCUCCCGCAAAGACGGCCACUCCAGAGGAGUUCAUCCGCACGACCAAAGGCAUCACGCAGGCCACAGCCAAAGCAGUGGCUGCUGGGAACUCCUGCCGUCAGGAGGACGUGAUCGCCACGGCGAACCUGAGCAGACGAGCGGUGGCGGAUAUGCUUCACUCCUGUAAGCAAGCGGCGUUCCACCCUGAGGUGAACCGUGAUGUUCGGAAUCGAGCUCUGCGCUUCGGCUCCGAGUGUGCCACGGGUUACCUGGGUCUGCUGGAGCAUGUGUUAGUGACCAUUCAAAAACCCAGUCAUGACCUCAAACAGCAGCUGUCAAACUACUCCAAACGUGUGGCCGGCUCGGUGACGGAGCUCAUACAGGCCGCUGAGGCCAUGAAAGGUACGGAGUGGGUGGACCCUGAGGACCCGACUGUCAUCGCUGAGAAUGAGCUGCUGGGAGCCGCAGCCGCCAUUGAAGCUGCCGCCAAGAAACUAGAGCAGCUCAAACCCAGAGCCAAACCUAAGGAAGCAGAUGAGAGUCUCAACUUUGAGGAACAGAUUCUGGAAGCGGCCAAAUCCAUCGCUGCCGCCACCAGCGCUCUGGUGAAAGCAGCAUCUGCUGCUCAGAGAGAACUCGUGGCUCAGGGCAAGGUGGGGGCGAUUCCAGCCAAUGCGGUGGAUGACGGACAGUGGUCUCAGGGUCUCAUUUCAGCCGCUCGUAUGGUGGCUGCAGCGACGAGUAACCUGUGUGAGGCCGCUAACUCUGCUGUUCAGGGUCACGCCAGCGAGGAGAAGCUCAUUUCCUCCGCCAAACAGGUGGCGGCGUCCACCGCGCAGCUGCUGGUGGCCUGUAAGGUCAAGGCUGACCAGGACUCGCAGACCAUGAAGAGACUCCAGGCUGCUGGUAAUGCCGUCAAGAGGGCGUCAGAUAACCUGGUUAAGGCGGCACAGAAGGCUGCGUUUGAGGCUCAGGACGAUCAGGCCGUGAUUGUGAAGAGCAAGAUGGUGGGCGGCAUCGCUCAGAUCAUUGCGGCUCAGGAGGAGAUGCUCAGGAAGGAGAAGGAGCUGGAGGAGGCCAGGAAGAGGCUGGCCAUGAUCCGACAGCAGCAGUACAAAUUCAUGCCGUCAGAGCUGCGAGAGGACGGACAGGAGCAGUGACACGCGACACAGACUAAUCCAUCAAAUCUGCUCGCAUUCACACAUGCUCGAUGGACAACACGAUUAGCUUGAGCGAAAUAAUCAAAGAUAUGCAAUGAGUAAAAAGUUCUAUCAGGAUGUCUAUUUUAAACGUGUUUUGUUGAUUUCUGUCACUUUUAGUAGCCUUGCCACCUUUUAACUGAGCUUUAUGCCGCACACGCGACUCGCUUAUGAUAGAUGCUUAGUAUUUUCUGUACUAGAUUAGAUAAGCCGUAUGUAUUUUGAAAGCUCACAGCCGGGGCCAAACAGUGUUUUUGAUGAAUGAUAAGCUUUCCAAAGCAUUUUUGUAUGGUUGUGAGGAUUAAAGGCCAUCGCUCUGCUCUUCUGACAGACAUUCAGUUUCUGGACCAGCGGUGCAACAAUUCACUUUGGCGUUGAAGCAAUUCAUUGAGAGAAAACAUAUCAUUUUUUAAAGAAAGGAAUAUUAAAGCUAUGAAUUGUUACAAAUGGUAUUUCAUGUGCCAUGUGUUAUUACAGUAUUUGGGUCUACUGGCAUUUCUGUCAAAGUUGUAUCUUUUAUAAAACAUAAAAGCCAUAUUUCAAUAUAUUGUUUUUCUUUUUUUUUUAUAUUGUUAACAAAAUUACCUUUUAAAAAGUAGACAAUAUUAGAUAUCAGCAAAGAUAUUUGUACCAGAAGAAUUGGUAAGUAAGAAAACAGUUGUUAAAGAAUUAUCUGAGUGAUUCUAGAGAUUAUAACGGAAACAAGUUUGAGGUUUUAUUAAAAAUGUCCCUUUAUAUUUUAUGGUUGUGUAUUUAACUGUAAACUUUUUUUCACCUUAAAUUUGCAAGCACACUUUGUGGUAUGUUUAACAAAUCUCAUAAAUUCACUGUUUUCCAAA